CCUCGUCGGACGGACGCAGCCGAGGCGGUCCGUCCAACGAGGGGCGCAGGCUUGCGGCGGACAAAAUGAAAAAUAGCACACAAGACAAGUCACAGCCUGAGAGCCGAGCUCGGCUACAACGGCCUCCUACCAGUGGAGGGCAGUGGAGGGGGGUGCCAAGCCAGAUGGGAGGGCAGAAGCGGGAAAUGGAUGACGAGCAUCCACGUUCCAGGGCCAAUGGGGUCGCGGCCAGGACAUGGCUGGUGAUAACAGGUGUGUUUUUUUUCUUCUUUUUUUCUCUUCUUUCCUUUCUGUGCUUUUUGUUUACGCUCGCGGUUCGAGUCCUUGCUUUCAAGCACUUACCUCGCUGUUAAGGUUGCUUGGCAAGGUUGCUUGGGAUGGAAGAAGACAGCAAGGCAAAAGCUGUCUGUCUCCUGAGGCCACUUUGGAUGUGGAGGCGACAAUGCGGGUGAGCAGGGCAAGGACCAGGCUGGUUCGGCCAGCUGGGCUCUGGAGGGGGCCGAGGCGACACGUAUUGACUACCACCAGGUACUGCUGAGCUGAUGCAUCGUCGCACCGCUGCCUGUGCUUCGGUUUGUUUUGUUUCUCCGCCGCUGGUCUUUGUUUUGGAUUCUCGAGGCAGGAGCAGCUCGCCGAUUGUUCGCGCCCUCGCCCGCUGCCCCUUACCCCGCAGUUCCUUCCCUCGCACAUUUGGUGAGGACCACCAAUUAUCCGUGCACCUCCACAGGCUUGCGCCACAACACAACCAAAACAAGAUAAUACCACGCUGUCCGCGGCACAUUACGCCCCAGAUACAACAAUGGAUGCCGCAUGGCGCCGACCACCAAACCGGGUCCCUUGCCAGCCUGUCGUCUACGGGCUGGAAUUCCGCAUCUUCAGCGACGGCCUGGAGCACGCCGCCUCCGAUACCGGCACCGCCACGGCUACCACGGCCAGCCAAGACACGACCACCACCGCCACGGCCACCGCCACGACGUCGGCCGCCGACCCUGGUCCUGGUCGCUGCCCCCCCGACAGCCCUCCUCACUCCCGCCACGGCCCCACCACGGCACUACGCGCGGCCCCGCCGCAACCAACCCCAACUGUAGACGCCGCCGCCGCCGCCGCCAACGACUUCCCGCGCUUCCUCGACCUCCCGCCCGAGCUCCGCCUCCGCGUCUGGGAGGAGCUGAUCCAGCCACGCAUCGUCAUGGUCGCCUGCUGCCCGACCUCGCCGGCCUCGCACCCGGACCGCACCGCCAAGCUCGCCCAGCUGCGUGCCCGCCAGCACCAGCACCGCUCCAACUGCUGCUGCCUGCCCCCAGCAGCAGCAGCAGCAGCAGCAGCAGCGACGACAAGAACAACAACGAAAUGCCCGUCCCGCCGCCGCCCCGCCGCCGCCGUCCCAGUCCUGCUCCACGCCUGCCGCGAGUCGCGCGCCCUGGCCCUGCGCCACUACGAGCCCGCCUUUGCGUGGCGCGCCCCGCUGCCGACGGUGCCGGCCGCCCCCGGCGACUACGACGGCGAUUCCCGCCCCGCGGCGCCCGCCAGGAUCUACUUCAACUUCGCGCUCGACGCCCUGUACCUCAUGGGCCAGCUGGACCGCGAGGACGCCUUCGGCUUCGUCGGCUCGCCCCUGGCCUACUACCUCGACCGCCGCGACGCCGCCCGCGUCCGCCACGUCGCCGUCGCUCUCGAGGAGCUGAUGCCGCCGCGGCGCGAGCCCUCGACGCCGCCUACCGAUGAUGGCGGUAGUGGUGGUGGCGACGGCACGGGGGGCGAGGAGCGCGUCUUCUCGAGCCUGUUCCACGUCGUCGAUCGCUUCUCCGCCGCCGAGCGCCUCGUGGUCGCGUGCACGGCCCGGGACGUCGAGGAGAGCAAGGAGCGGCAGGGCGGCGGCGGCGGCGGCUCGUCGUGGUCGCCGCCGCUGUUGGCGCCGCUUCCGGGAGAGGAUAAUGUGAUACAAAAGAUAUGGCGUGGCUGGCUCGGCGGCACAUCGGUCGUCUCGUCGACACUGCUAGACAAGAAGAUACUCAUGGUCCGGGAGGAGGAGUUACAGGACUUCAUCCGGGCACAUCUCUAAUAUUUUCCGCUUUUGAUGAUAAUCUAUAACGUCACCAUUUUGCUGCAUAAUACAAUAAUUUCUAUAUUGUACAUAGGAUACUCGACCCGCCUGUCGCACAUCCAGAGGAAGGAGAGGGGAAGUGUGCCCAUGGCGGUCGCAUGGGUCCCAACCAAUAUACAAUCCCUAUGAAAUACGGUAUCCAACAGGGCAGUUUCUUCUUUCCGU